AUGUCUAUCGACUCCUUCACCCACGCAACACCUACACCGCUUCUUGAUGGCGAAUUCACACUCUUGAAUGGACACAAAGCUACAAUAUCAUGCGAGCGAGGAGGUGAGAGGAAAACAUUUCCUGGAAACGCUAGAUCAUCAGACCAACAACCAACUCAACUGAGCUACGGCAGCAAGUGUUCGACAUUCCUAUUCGAUGUUUGUUUGUACUCGGUCAACAAGGAGCAUGGUUUUUGA